AAUGAAUUAAAAUUAAAACUUUCAAAACAAUUUGAAUCUCUUUCCAGAAAUUGGAACACAUGGUGCUAGAGGAAAGGUAAAUUUUAUAUUUAAUAAAUAAGUAAUAUGGUGGUAACAACAUUACAAUGAGAGGGACUGAAAUCUUUGAAGGUUUGACAAGUGGAAGACCUUCUAAAAAUAUUAUUUAAGCUCAUUUCAAAGUGUUGAGAUUUUAUAGAAAAGUGUGUCGACUAAUUCCAUUUUUAUUAAGAAUUCAUGAUUUAGAAGUCACUUGUAAUUCAUAAUAAGCUAUGCUUAAUGUUGCUAAUGUAAUUAGAAAGAGAGCAUACUUAAGAGAUCCUGAUGCUGUAGAUAGAUGGGUAUGAUGCAUAUCUAUAAAUAUAGGUAUAUCGUGGAUAUGAAUUACUCUACCAAGCUGAAUGGCAUAUGUUAAAUAGAGAUCAUUUAUUCCAAUAUUUUGCUAAUCAAAACAGAUCUGAUGCAGGAUAUUCUUAUUUAGAAAAUUAAAAGCUUAAAGGGAAGAGUGAAUUCUUAAAAGAUUUCUAUAUUGGAAAUAAAACAUAUGAAUAUUGAA